GGGCUGGACCGCCUCCUCCGGAAGUGGCUUGGAGGCUGUUGUGCUGGUGUUGUCUGCCUUCGGAAAGGUACUUGGGUGUGCCGUUCUGACAUGGCGGACCCUAAACCCUGCUACCCCUGCUCCUCCAUCGAGGACGACUUCAACUAUGGCAGCUGCGUGGCCUCCGCCAGCGUGCACAUCCGAAUGGGCUUUCUAAGAAAAGUCUACAGCAUCCUUUCUCUGCAAGUUCUCUUAACUACAGUGACAUCCACGUUUUUUUUAUACUUUGAUUCUAUACGGACAUUUGUUCAUGAAAGUCCUGCCUUAAUUUUGGUGUGUGCCCUUGGAUCUUUGGGUUUGAUUUUAGCCUUGACUUUAAACAGACAUAAGCAUCCCCUUAACCUGUACCUGCUUUUUGGAUUUACACUGUUGGAAGCUCUGACUGUGGCCUUCGUUGUUACUUUCUAUGAUGUGUAUAUUGUUCUGCAAGCUUUUAUACUGACUACUGCAGUAUUUCUUGGCUUGACUGUAUGUACUCUACAAUCUAAGAGAGAUUUCAGCAAAUUUGGAGCAGGACUAUUUGCUACUUUGUGGAUUUUGUGCUUGUCAGGAAUCUUGAAGGUAUUUUUUUACAGUGAGACAGUGGAGUUGGUCUUGGCUGCUGUAGGAGCCCUUCUUUUCUGUGGAUUCAUCAUCUAUGACACACACUCCUUGAUGCAUAGGCUGUCACCUGAAGAGUAUGUAUUAGCUGCCAUCAGCCUCUACUUGGAUAUCAUCAAUCUAUUCUUGCACCUGUUGCGGGUUUUGGAAGCAGUUAAUAAAAAGUGAUUGAAAGCAGUGUAUAGAAACUGAUUCAUUAAGUAAUAAAGUUUGAGAUAUAACUAACUAUUAAAUACUUUUAAGAUUUUAUUUGUAUGCCAUGUACUAUAUUAUAAAGUAUAAAUCUCCUUUUACUAGGAGAUUUUAAUCUUAUUUAGAAAGGAAAAAGUAUAAAAGAUAAAUUCCAGAGAAUUAUUCAGUAUUAAAAUUAUAUUAAAAUGUUAAUGACAUUUCAUUAUUAAAUGAUAUAUUAAAAAUUAAAAUUCUGCUUGACAGUCAGAUAUUUUGACAUAAAAUAUUAUUAGUUUUUUAAAGUAUAGGUUUCAUUUAAAACUUAUAGCAGUAUACCAGUGACCAAUGAAACUUCGGCAAAUUCUUGACUGCAUUAGUUUGCUAGGGUGUCAUAACAAAGUACCAAAGCACCAAAGAGUGCGUGGCUUAAACAGAAAUUUAUUUUAUUACAGUUUUGGAGGUUAGAAGUCUGAGGUCAAGGUUGUCAGCAGGGUUGGUUUCUUCUGAGGCCUCUCUCUUGGCCGGUAGAUGGUCAUCUCCGUCUUCCCGUGGACUUCUCUCUGUACUUGUCUGUGUCCAAAUUUCCUCUUCUUAUAAGGACACCAGUCAUAUUGGAUUAGGGCCCAUCCUAAUGACCUCAGUUUACUUUAACUACCUCUUUAUAAAGAUUCUGUCUCCAAAUACAGUCACAUUCUGAGGUACUAGGAGUUAGGACUUUGCAGUGCUCCUAAUGUUUGUGUCCCCCGAAAUAAUUUGUUGAAACCUGAUGCCCACUUGUGAUGGUAUGAGGAGGUAGGGCUUUUGGGAUGUGCUUAUUAGGUCAUGAGGGUGGAGUUUUCAUGAAUGGGAUUAGUACUCUUAUAAAAGAGACCCCACAGAGAUCCCUUACUCUUUCUGCCACAUGAGGUGACGGCGAAAAGACACAGUCUAUGAACCAGGAAGAGGGCCUUUAAACUAGACACUGAAUAUGCCUGCUAAACUUCCCAGCCUCUAGAACUGUGAGAAAUAAAUUUCUGUUGUUUAUAAACCA